GAAUGAGAAAUUCGUGAUGAAAAAAUGGACGAAAUGGAAAAAGUUCAACGUAGUUUUAAAUUUGCUUCAGAAAACGUUGCCAUUUGUGUCGUUGUGUUCAAGUUAGUUUACUUUUGACGCUCGUAUUCGCGGCGUGAAGAAUUUAGGAAGCGAUUCAUGAAAGCUGCAAUUCGUUUCUUAGCUUGGUGCGAGCUAGGUUUGGCGGUUUCUGCUAUUGGAAGUAAAAUUCGAAAGAUGGAGUUGGAUUUUUUGACAUUGUCGUUUACUUGACUAAGGAAUGAAGGAAGGUUCGUAGAUUCUGAACCAUCCUAGCAGCAGGCAAUUCAAGUAUUAUCGAGCAUACUUAAUCGUAGAAUGGCGGAAACAAUAUCUAGUUUCUGGGGUCCUGUUACAUCUCCUGAAUGGUGUGAAAAGAACUAUGUCUACUCUUCUUAUAUUGCAGAAUUUUUCAACACGGUAUCAAAUAUUCCAUGCCUCAUUUUAGCAUUUGUUGGUCUCGUAAAUGCUUUGAGACAAAGGUUCGAGAAGAGGUUUAGCGUUCUUCACGUAUCAAAUAUGAUCCUUGCCAUAGGAAGCAUGUUGUAUCAUGCGACCUUGCAACGAGUACAACAGCAAGGUGAUGAAACACCAAUGGUAUGGGAAAUGCUCCUCUAUAUCUACAUCCUGUAUUCGCCAGAUUGGCAUUACCGGAGCACGAUGCCUACGUUCUUAUUUCUCUACGGUGCUGCCUUUGCUGUUGCUCAUGCAAUCAUACGUUUUGGAGCGGGCUUCAAGGUACAUUAUGCAAUACUAUGUCUUAUCUGCAUCCCUAGAAUGUACAAGUAUUAUAUUCACACGAACGAUGUACACGCAAAGCGGCUGGCGAAGUUAUACUUGACAACCAUCUCGCUCGGUACUGUUUGCUGGCUUUUUGAUUGCUUGUACUGCAGGAAUAUCUCUAGCUGGUAUUUCAACCCUCAGGGUCAUGCAUUGUGGCAUUUAUUUAUGGGGUUCAAUUCUUAUUUCGCAAAUACAUUUUUAAUGUUUUGUCGUGCUCAACAACUCGAGUGGAACCCGAGCGUAGUCCACUUUUUGGGAUUGUUUCCAUACGUGAAGAUUCAAAAACCAAAGAGCCAGUGAUCGAAGUCGAGUUAGGUCUUGGAUUGGAAGGAACAACAUUCUUUUAUCUUGAAAUGGAUUUUUGGUUUUGGCUGGCUAUAAUCAGUAGGAUUAGACAUUCUUUUUAUCCCUUCUCAUAUGGAUGUAAAUCAUACUCAGAAUGGCUGUCGUUGAUUUAGAUUGGGUUUUACUGCAGCUGUAAAAUUGUGUUUUACCUUCGGUUUAUUUUACUGUUUUCGAGUUUUCGAGUUUUUUACUGUUAUAGAAAUUGGCUUAUAUGGAACUUUCACAGAUUUGCUCUA